CGACUUUUUUUCAGCUUUUGAUAUCUUCGUGUACAUACAAUUGGAUAACACCUCCUUCCCUUAGAAUUUGUCAUGGCUCCGACGAUAAUGACGGGGUAUUAACAGAGCGUAUCUGCUACAGGUGCAAAUACUGCACGCGUGCGGUUUCAUGUCUAAAAAAUAAUUGCUUGUACCCAAAGCAGUUCACAUAAGACACUCGCAUUGCACAAAACGACAUAGGAUAUAUUAACUGAUUAAGGCUAUUACAUCGUUUUCUUAUUUGAUUUGAUAUUCAUAUGUAUUUAAAAAAAUAUAUUUCCUGUGACUCAAUAGGGAAAAAGGUCAAAGUCUUGUAUAUGCUGUUAGCUUCCAUUACUUGUACACAGCUUAUCAAUGCUAAACGCUUAUCGACCACCGAGCCUGAUCUUUUAGGGGGGGGGUGAAAUUUCCGAAUUAUCUAGAGUGGCUACAUUUUAACCAGUCAAUGAGCGUGUGAGUGUCUGUGGAAGUCGGAGGGGGUGGGGUGGCAGUUUGAAAAGUUAACCUGUUGCUUCUGAGGGUGCCAUCCCUUUCUGCUGGAUGUGGCGCUGGGAGAGAAAAACGCCAUCUGCCUCGCCUCGCCCGUGGGAUGGGUUUCUCGUCUUCUUUAACAACUUGAUUGAGGGACCGGGGGUAGAGGUUCUCCAAUAAAUACAUGAGCACAGACCCAUGAGUGAGUGGGCGUAGCCCUCCAUCGCCUCAGCAGUCCCUCUGUCCUGUGGAGCGCACUUUCUUUUGCCCGUAAAGCCUGCGGAUCUCUUAACCGCUGCGUUUCUUGAACUACCGCACCGACUGAACUGUAGAGAGCGCUUCCAGUUCGCUGUGGGACAGUAUUGCUAUGGAUGCCUUCAGAGCCGCGGUGUUUUCCCUGCUCCUUAUUUGUCUUUGGGAUGUACCUGCUUUACAGUCAGCUGCUCUUUUCUCUUCUCCUGUCCCGAGGAACAACAAGGGAACCAAGAUUCUGAAUGACGGGAGGAAGGCACCCAAGUCUCUCAAAGAAAUAUUAUCUUCGUCCACUCUCCGGAGCCAUCACGCCGAUGCGCUCAAAGACGCCAUCGUACCGCACGACUAUAUGCUAUCUAUUUAUAGGACUUACUCUGCAGCGGAAAAGCUCGGGCUAAACGCGAGUUUUUUUCGGUCGUCAAAGACUGCUAACACCAUAACAAGUUUUGUGGACAGAGGACAAGACGAUCUCUCGCACUCUCCUCUGCGAAGACAAAAGUAUCUGUUUGAUGUCUCAACUCUCUCAGACAAAGAGGAGCUGGUGGGAGCUGAAUUAAGGAUAUUUAGAAAAGUGCCCGGGGAUUUCCAAAUGUCUGAGACAGGUCUAUAUGGCAUUCAAUUACUUUCCUGUCGAUCAGGGCGGCUACUGGAUUCAAGAUCUCUUGAUCUCCAGGAUUCUCAGAGGCCGGGAUGGGAGGUUUUGGAUGUGUGGGAAUUAUUUAAAAAUCACCGACCUCCAGCACACCAGAACCAGGUUUGUUUCGAACUCAAGGCUACUUUUGGCACAUCAGAACGGGAAAUGGACUUGAGACACUUCGGAUUCGAAAGGCACCAUCGUCGCCAGCAAGAGAAAGCGAUCCUGGUGGUUUUCACACGGUCGAGGAAGAAGGAGAACCUCUUCAACGAAAUGAAGGAAAAAAUCAAGUCUUCUCGGAAGGCGGGGGACCCAAGUGGUUUCCGAUUAAAAGCGAGGCGGAGGAGGAGAACCGCUUUUAACAACCGUCACGGGAAAAGGCACGGCAAAAAGUCCAAGUCGAGGUGCAGCAAAAAACCGUUACAUGUGAAUUUCAAAGAGCUGGGGUGGGAUGACUGGAUCAUCGCUCCGUUGGACUACGAAGCUUAUCACUGCGAGGGCGUGUGCGACUUUCCCCUGAGAUCGCACCUGGAGCCGACUAACCACGCCAUCAUUCAAACUCUGAUGAAUUCAAUGGACCCGAAUUCCACACCUCCCAGCUGCUGCGUUCCCACAAAGUUGAGUCCCAUCAGUAUCCUUUACAUCGAUUCGGGCAAUAACGUUGUAUACAAGCAGUACGAAGACAUGGUAGUGGAAUCAUGCGGGUGCAGGUAGCGUUUCUGGUCUGCUUUUCACCCCCCCGGUUUGGUGGUGGGGGGUGUACUGCUGAAACUGCUCAACCACCACGAAAGAGCAAGUCUGGGCUUGGGCGUGUUUGGGCGAGAAGAAGCCCCCAAAUUGUCCUGGAGCAGACGCUUCACCUGAGCUUUGCCACAGAGUGAGUGCCUCACGAAUGUCCAAAAGGGAGAGUUGAAAGGAACACAUUUUAUUUCAUUUUUGAAACAAGUUUUUGUAGUCAGUUUAGAACAGGUUUAGCUGUCAACCAGUAGGUGUUGAACUACUUCAAUGUAGGAAGGCUGUAUAUCUUUUAGACGGGCAGUAGCGCCACUGAUUCCACUGCGAUUAAAAAUCUUUUUAUUUGAAUCCCACCCAAAGGCGAUUUUUUUUAAAUACCAUUUCUAAAGACACACGGAUACAAAACAACUGAGGGUCCUGAGCGUUUCCAACAGUCAGACAGGACUAACGUGUACUCGACAAUGAAGUCGGUCUGGUGACGCAGUUUCGCGCAGCCGAACGAGCAGUUAAGAAAAACCGCACCGUCAGAAACCAGGUCGUGGCAGUCACGUCCGGACAGAGGAGGAUUGUAUCGCUUCAUGCUCUUGUUAGUUUUCAGGAGUGUACACAGGGCUGCAGUGACAAGCACCUGUUCAAACUGAGACCAUUUAAGAUGAAGGGAAAAGCAAUAGUCGCAGCUCCUUUCAUGGGCUGGCAUGCGGAGAGAAAUGGAAUCGGCGUGGACCGAGGGCACAGCCCAAUAAAGUUUCUUCUAUUCCACCACUUCCCAAGAAUUAUCAACCGAUCUUUACUGCCUCUUUAAAGGUGAAGGUAAUUUACCAAACACAAAAGGAGAUCCAAUGAAAGGAGAAAGCGGGGGGGGGACUAUUUCCCCCAAGGUUUUCUCUGAAGGCACACGUCUCUCGCUCGGUCUAGGUAGCACUCCUAAGAGAUAACAGCUACACAAAGCCCGUGGUAAAGGCACGACUGUAGCUAAAAUGAGGGGUGGAUGUUUUUUUUUAAUUAAACAGAGAAUGAUUGAAACUUUGGUGCAUUGCUGUAUAUAUGACUGGGCAUUUCAGAUUUGUUUAUUUAGCCCAUUCAAGCCGAGGCCUGGAGAAAUACGCAAGCAAUUUGGGCGCUCAUAAUUGUUCUGUGUAAAUAUACUUUUAAAGAACGUUAAGGCCUUUGCUGGAACUGACAUUUGUACAAUGCAUCAUCUUAAAAGUGCACUUCUACAGCAACCUUCCGUGUCCACAAAAGCAGAAAUGCCCUUUCGUAACACAUCCUCUGUAACCUGAUCAAAAUAAACACCUAAUUUAAAAAGACUCGCAAGCGAGAUUAUAUUUAAAUGCACAUUAGCUUUUAAUGCACUGUUGUUCAUAACUUGAUCUGUAAAUAUUUGUAUAUUUAAACUCUGCAAGUGCAAAAACUGAGAAAUGAGCAACUACUUCUUGUAAAUGUAUAUAUCUUUAUAUGCACUCAAAAUGUAAUAAUUUCUAUUAUAUUAUUUUGUAUUUGUGUUGUACAGGGUUUGAUGUUAAUCAUAUAUUUCAUACAUUAAUAAGAUUAUUUUUAAAUUGUUUAAAUUGUUACAUGUAUUCAAUAUUCUGUACUGAGGGUGGAGAAAAUAAAUUAUCAAUGCCUACCUCAUAGUAAACUAGUUUCUAGAGAGAUCUGAGGUACAUCCACUUAGAGUGUCAGUUUUAUUUUCCUUUCACAAUAAAUAUUUUUAGUGGAUAAUAUUCCACACUAUUGCUAAGUAUUAAUAAAAUGUAAAAUACUCUUGUUCUGUACUCAAAUAAUUGUUUGACUACUAAGCAUGACAAGGAAUGUUUGCCUAUACCUAGGAAGAAAUUAGUUGCUUAAUGUGAGAGAAAAGAAAAAGAUUUUAAAUGCAGAAAUUUUCUCACUGAGGUUUAACAAACAUUUACAAUUUUAAAAUGCUGUGGCUGAUGAUUUGCUUGGAACCUCAAACCCAGGCACACAGGCUCAUAACAGUUUAUGCAUUUUACUGCACAUAUUAUACAAUCAAUCUCACGGUCAAAAGAAACUCCUGGUUUCAGUUUUCCUUUCGACACACUGUGUGAAAACUACCCUUCUAGUUCAUUUACUUCAGUUGUUCAUGUGGAAGAUAAGUGGCAUUGUUCAACACCAUUUUAAUUUUAACAGUCAAAAUGGGAUUAUCCUUGUUAAACACUCAACAACAAGGGGUUAUUUAUUGCUCUGUUGUGUAACACAUCAUUUUGUAACACAGAACUCUCAAAGAUUUCAGACACUUACUGCACUUUCACCCAAACCUGCACCAAGGAGAACAUAUACAGUAAAAAAUGAGAUCAGUUCAGGAUUUUUGGAGAUCUAAGCAAUUUUCAAUCUGCCAUAUUGCAACAAAGCAGAAAAGCGAAAGUAGAAGAAUUUUUUUCUGUGCAGUCCAUUUACUUAUUUUUAAUUCACCCUUUGUUCUGGGCAAUUCUAGUGACAAUUUUCUUUACUUAACCCAAUUUUACGGUGGUGUUAAAACAUAAAAUAACAUUCAAGGAAAUGAACAUGAAAUUACAUAUCACUCGGACUAAAGUACUCAAGAUGUUGUUUCUUAUUCCAGCUGUUUCUGCAUUUCUAGAAUUGGGUGUCGUGCUAAAUCUGGGAUGUUUG